AUGGUGGCAGCCUUAGGGAGUGCUGAUCAAUCUUAUUUGAGAAUGGGUGGUUCUGGACAUUUUCACAGUAAUGCUUUCAGAUCUUUUUUGCCUAGUGGGAUCAUUAGUAAUCUGAACUCUCCGGCUGGUCUGAAUGGACACGGAUUUUCUCCAUCCGGAUUACUUCAGUUGGGCCAAUCACAAAGUUUAAACAAUUCUUCUGGUGAUCAAUUUAAAUUCCAGUCGGCCAUAACUCUCGUUAAUCAGAAUAUUCUUCAGGGUAUGCUAAUGUCUAUAGGAUACGAUCACUUGCAAAACAGCAAAGGUACUAUUUCUCUUCAAAACAUGAAUACUGAUGUAAAACCGACUUUUCCCAUCCCAAGUCAAUUCACAGAUCAAAGACCUAGAGUAACUACCUCUAGUUUUCAUCCUCCGAGUCUCGGUAUCUCAAACAAUGCCUUGAUGUCAGAAACACGCCCUGAAGGAAAACGAGUAUGCUGGACCAAGGUAGGCGAACUGAUAAUUGGUCAAGUGCUGUGCAGUUAUCCGGGAUCCAGACAAAUUCUUUUCCUUCAAGUGAAUGCUUUAAACAAACACCUAUUCCUCCUUCAACUUUCUAUUCAUCCGCCACGGCUACCCUUUUUUCCUUACCUCACACCCUUCAUACUUUCGCCGACAAGUCCAAAACCACCACAGCGUUUCGUGUCCAUUCAUUGUCUGCCCAUGAGUUGUGGUGAUGUUUUGUGCAUCAGCCACCAAACAUCAACCACGAACAACCAUUCCCGUUCCCUUUCCUCCGCCUCAGCUUCCCCUAGCCUUAUCCUUGUUGAUUCCGCGGAAGAGUUCGAUAAAAUCCGUAGCAAAGUUCAAGAUGACUCAUCGCACGCGAUUUUCUAUUUCACUGCUGUUUGGUGUGGACCUUGCAGGUUCAUUUCUCCUAUAGUUGGGGAGCUCAGUAAGAAGAAAAAAGAAGCUAAGAAGGGAUCAUUCAGAAAAUAUCUUGAAUCAAGUGGAGCCGUUGAUGCUCUAACCAAAGUUCUUGUUGCCUUGUAUGAGCAAAACGACAAACCUUCUUCUGCUCUUGAGUUCAUUCAACAGAAUUUAAGUUGCCCUUCAAAUUCCGGUUCUUCUCACUACUACUGA